CUCUCUACAACUACGACGCGAGGGGGCUGGAUGAACUUUCAAAAAAACAAAUAGGCGACACCGUGCACAUAUUAGAAACGUAUGAAGGUUGGUACAGAGGUUAUACUCUACGAAAAAAAUCCAAGAAGGGCAUAUUUCCCGCCUCCUAUAUACAUCUUAAGGAAGCAAUAGUUGAAGGCAAAGGACAACAUGAAACAGUUAUACCCAACGAGCUCCCCUUGAUUCAGGAGGUUACCACGACGCUGCGGGAAUGGUCUAUAAUAUGGCGCCAAUUAUACGUUCAAGAUAACAGAGAAAUGUUUCGCAGUGUACGGCACAUGAUAUAUGACCUCAUCGAGUGGAGAUCUCAAAUACUUUCUGGGACCCUGCCCCAGGAUGAGCUCAAAGAACUGAAAAAGAAAGUGACUGCCAAAAUUGAUUAUGGCAACAGAAUUCUUGAUUUAGAUCUGGUUGUUAGAGACGAAGAUGGCAAUAUUUUGGACCCAGAGCAGACCAGCACAAUUAGCCUUUUCAGAGCACAUGAAAUAGCUUCCAAGCAAGUUGAAGAGAGGCUACAGGAAGAAAAAUCUCAGAAACAGAAUAUCGAUAUCAACAGACAAGCCAAGUUUGCUGCCACUCCUUCAUUUGCUUUAUUUGUAAAUUUAAAAAAUGUAGUCUGUAAAAUAGGAGAAGACGCCGAAGUCCUGAUGUCUCUGUAUGAUCCACUGGAGUCAAAAUUUAUCAGUGAAAACUACUUGGUGCGGUGGUCGAGCUGUGGACUCCCCAAAGAUAUCGACAGGUUGCAUAACCUUCGAGCGGUGUUCACCGACCUGGGCAGCAAAGACCUGAAAAGAGAGAAAAUCAGUUUUGUCUGUCAGAUUGUGCGAGUGGGCAGAAUGGAGCUGAGGGACAACAACACGAGAAAACUGACGUCUGGGCUGCGGCGACCCUUCGGAGUAGCAGUAAUGGAUGUUACAGACAUAAUUAACGGAAAAGUUGACGAUGAGGACAAACAGCACUUCAUACCAUUUCAACCGCUAGCGUUGGAUGACGCCAUUCGACACAAGCAGCUGAACAUAUCAUCCCGUUUUUCACCCAGGGUGGCAGGGGAGAAUGAUUUCCUUCAGACUGUUAUAAACAAAGUGAUUGCUGCUAAAGAAGUUAACCACAAGGGUCAGGGUUUGUGGGUGACUUUGAAACUUCUUCCAGGAGAUAUUCACCAGAUUAGGAAAGAGUUUCCACACUUAGUGGAUAGGUCGACAGCCGUGGCUCGGAAAAUGGGGUUUCCUGAGAUUAUUAUGCCUGGUGAUGUUCGUAAUGACAUCUAUGUAACGUUGGUUCAGGGAGACUUUGACAAAGGCAGUAAAACAACAGCAAAGAAUGUGGAAGUUACAGUAUCUGUUUAUGAUGAAGAUGGCAAAAGAUUAGAGAGUGUUAUUUUUCCUGGCGCUGGUGAUGAAGCCAUCUCAGAGUACAAGUCAGUAAUAUAUUACCAAGUAAAGCAGCCUCGCUGGUUUGAGACUGUGAAGGUCGCAAUCCCCAUCGAAGAUGUGAACCGCAGUCAUUUAAGGUUCACGUUCCGUCAUAGAUCAUCACAGGACUCCAAAGAUAAAUCUGAGAAAAUAUUUGCCCUAGCGUUUGUGAAGCUCAUGAGAUACGAUGGAACAACUUUAAGAGAUGGAGAACACGACCUUAUAGUUUACAAGGCAGAAGCAAAGAAGCUGGAGGAUGCCUCGACAUAUUUAAGUCUACCAUCCACUAAAAUAGAAUUGGAGGAGAAGGGACACUCUGCAACAGGGAAGAGCAUGCAGAACCUUGGAAGCUGCACCAUCAGCAAAGACUCUUUCCAGAUUUCCACUCUAGUUUGUUCAACAAAACUUACCCAGAACGUUGACCUCUUGGGGCUUCUGAAAUGGCGAUCUAACACCAACCUGUUGCAGCAGAAUUUGAAGCAGCUGAUGAAGGUCGAUGGUGGUGAAGUGGUUAAGUUUCUCCAAGAUACGUUGGAUGCACUUUUUAACAUAAUGAUGGAGAACUCUGAGAGUGAGACAUUUGACACAUUAGUGUUUGAUGCUUUGGUAUUUAUCAUUGGACUGAUUGCUGACAGAAAAUUUCAACAUUUUAAUCCUGUCUUGGAAACCUACAUUAAGAAGCAUUUCAGUGCUACGUUAGCCUACACAAAACUGACUAAAGUUCUAAAAACGUACGUGGAUAACGCUGAGAAGUGUGGAAUCACUGAUCAACUCUUUAAAGCCAUGAAAGCUUUGGAGUACAUCUUCAAGUUCAUAGUCCGGUCCAGGAUAUUGUUCAAUCA